UAAUAUCAUCAAGUCCCAACAACUAUUCUACUUACCUUUUCUCUUAAUCCAAAUAUCAUCAUCUGAAACGAUGGCUGCCAUGGCAACCACAACCCUCUCUUCAAACCCGAAACUCUCAUUUUUCCACGGAAAGCCCGUUACAUAUUCUUCCCGCGUCGCACCCACCACCAAGUUAUUCUCAUCCAAACAAGGCACAAUCUCCAUGUCCCUAACCCAACCCCCAUACGACCUCCAAUCCUUCAAAUUCCAACCCAUCAAAGAAUCCAUCGUCUCACGCGAAAUGACACGCCGCUACAUGACCGACAUGAUAACCUACGCCGACACCGACGUCGUAAUCGUCGGAGCCGGCUCGGCGGGGCUCUCCUGUGCGUACGAGAUCAGCAAGAACCCCGCCGUGAGCGUCGCCAUAAUCGAGCAGUCCGUGAGCCCCGGCGGCGGCGCGUGGCUCGGCGGACAACUCUUCUCCGCCAUGGUGGUUCGCAAGCCGGCGCACCUCUUCCUGGACGAGCUCGGCGUGGCGUACGACGAGCAAGAGGACUACGUUGUGAUAAAGCACGCGGCUUUGUUCACGUCCACCAUCAUGAGCAGGCUUCUAGCGAGGCCCAACGUGAAGCUCUUCAACGCGGUGGCGGCGGAGGACUUGAUCGUGAAGGAAGGGAGGGUUGCAGGGGUUGUGACCAACUGGGCUCUGGUUUCGAUGAACCAUGACACGCAGUCUUGCAUGGACCCCAACGUGAUGGAGGCUAAGGUUGUUGUGAGCUCUUGUGGGCACGAUGGACCUUUUGGCGCCACCGGGGUUAAGAGGUUGAAGAGUAUUGGCAUGAUUGAUAGCGUUCCUGGAAUGAAGGCUUUGGAUAUGAAUGCUGCAGAGGAUGCUAUUGUGAGGCUCACGAGGGAGAUUGUGCCCGGCAUGAUUGUCACCGGCAUGGAGGUGGCAGAAAUUGAUGGCUCCCCAAGGAUGGGUCCGACGUUUGGGGCGAUGAUGAUAUCAGGGCAGAAGGCGGCUCAUUUGGCGUUGAAGGCGUUGGGGAGGAACAAUGCAAUUGAUGGAACGUGUGGAGUUGGAAGGGAAGAACCCCAGCUUAUUUUCGCUUCUGCAGACACUGAGGAAAUUGUUGAUGCUUAAACUUACUUGCAAAUUAGCUAGAUAUAUAGCUUUUCUUUUCUUUCUGUUUGGUCCCUACUUAAUUAUGAUUUUAAUUUUGGAAUAAAUGAACAACAUGUGAAUUAUGAAGGAGACAAUACUUGUUGUUACAUUGUAUCUGGACAGCACGUGCCACGUAUAGCAGAGGAAACCAUAUAUUAUCAAGGAUGGGAGAGAUAGACGCCACUUAAUUUUUUUCAUCUAUUCUCAAUCGAUGAAAAGUGACCAGUAUAUUUCUUUCUAUAAGGUAUCUGCUUGUCUACGGGAUAGUAUCCACUCAAUUGUUAUGUAAAUUGUAAGAAAGUGACGUUAAUAAAGGCUAUGUUAACAUA